GCCAAACUGCAACUUCUGACGGACGACGAGUUUCACGCGUUUAGAAAAAGGAAGCGCUCCUAGCUCCGCAGUAAACGCCUUCCUGCUGCAGGGGCGGCCGCGGCUGUGUGGCGACAGAGGUGUGGGUUCCUAGAUGGAGCGAAGGGCCAAAGGGAAUCCCGAUCUCUGCUCUCGAAGUGGCGGCUGUCCUAGGGGUCCAGUGCUACACAUCGUGGUGGUCGGUUUCCAUCACAAGAAGGGCUGCCAGAUUGAGUUCUCCUAUCCUUCUCUAAUGCCUGAAGAAAGUCAUGAUAGUAACACUUUGCCAGAGGAAUGGAAAUACCUACCUUUUCUUGCAUUGCCAGAUGGUGCUCACAACUAUCAAGAUGACACAGUGUUUUUCCAUUUGCCACCAAGAAGUGGAGAUCGAAGCACAAUAUUUGGGGUCUCUUGUUAUAGGCAAAUUGAAGCUAAGGCAUUGAAAGUACGGCAAGCAGACAUUACUCGAGAAACAGUACAGAAAAGUGUAUGUGUUCUAAGCCAGCUGCCUCUAUAUGGGCUACUUCAAGCUAAGCUGCAGCUAAUUACACAUGCCUACUUUGAAGAGAAAGACUUCUCACAAAUUUCAAUUCUUAAGGAACUUUAUGAGCACAUGAAUAGCUCACUGGGAGGGAGCUCACUGGAAGGGUCACAAGUUUAUCUUGGCCUGUCCCCACGAGAUCUGGUUCUUCAAUUUAGACACAAGGUUUUAAUUCUUUUUAAGUUGAUUCUUCUAGAAAAGAAGGUUCUGUUUUAUAUCUCUCCAGUUAAUCGACUAGUGGGAGCAUUAAUGACUCUCUUAUCACUAUUUCCUGGUAUGAUAGAACAUGGUUUAAUGGAUUGCUCACAGUACCGACCAAGAAAAAGCACAUCAGAGGAAGUUGGACAAGAAGUGUCACCUACUUCCAGUUACUGUGUUUCUUUUUCUGCUCUGGCACUUUCAAAUGCUAAUUUUGAUACAGUUGGAGAAGGCAAAAAAUUGUCAAGAAACCAAGAAAGAGAUACUCAGAGAGCAGAUGUACCUUUAUUUCAAAUUGAGCAUCAAUCCAGUGAAUUUCAUGGCUGCCAGGAUCAUGAACAAUACUUGAAACCUUCUUUACACACUUCUGCAGAAUCUUCUGAAGGUGACUGGGAAACCUUAGAUCCUAAUCCCCUUGAGGACCCUAACUUGAAAGAAGGAGAAUGUGAAAUUACUUCAGUAGCAGGACAGACUGAAUUUCUUCUGAAGGAGUCAGUUAUUUCCAAAAGUGUUCCAAUUACUGUUCAGCCUCAACCUAAUACAGGGCACACAGCCUUUGUACCUGGACUUAUUUCUGGUUUGGAAGAAGAUCAGUAUGGUAUGCCAUUAGCUGUCUUCACUAAGGGAUACCUUUGCUUGCCAUACAUGGCACUGCAACAGCACCACCUUCUCUCUGAUGUAACAAUCCGCGGUUUUGUUGCAGGAGCCACCAAUAUCCUCUUCCGUCAGCAGAAACAUCUAAGUGAUGCUAUUGUAGAGAUUGAGGAAGCUCUUGUCCAAGUCCAUGAUCCAGAUCUUAGAAAAGUCUUAAAUCCUACAACAGCUGAUCUGAGAUUUACAGAUUUCUUAGUGAAGCAUGUAACAGAAAAUAGGGAUGAUGUCUUCCUGGAUGGCACUGGAUGGGAAGGAGGGGAUGAAUGGAUUCGAGCCCAGUUUGGGACAUAUCUCCAUGCCCUACUUGCUGCUACAGUACAGCCAGAUAGUGUGAAAAUAUUGUCUGACUUUGGAACAGCCUUUGUAGCAGCUUGGAAGAAUACUCAUAAUUAUAGAGUGUGGAACAGUAACAAACACCCAGCCCUCGCAGAAGUAAAUCCUAGUCAUCCAUUCCAAGGACAAUAUUCAGUUUCUGAUGUAAAAUUAAGAUUAUCACAUUCUGUUCAGAACAGUGAACAUGGUAAGAAGAUUGGAAAUGCCAUGAUUACCAGUAGUCGAAAUGUUGUGCAGACAGGAAGAGCUGUUGGUCAGUCAGUUGGAGGAGCUCUCACCAGUGCAAAAUCAGCAGUGUCUUCAUGGCUUUCUACUUUCACCCAGUCCUCUCAAAGCCUUGGGGAAUAAUUCUUCUGGGCUAAGUUUUUUGCAUUUCUUUUAAGAAACCAAAAGGCUUCACUAUAAAAGCAUAGGUACUUGAAUUCAAUUGCAUGAAGAUGAGCUGCAUCACAGGAUAUAAUUUGGCAACUGCUUUUAUACUUCUUUGCUUUAUAUUUGAACCUUGUUCCAGAUUUAUUUUUGUAUUUUGGAGGAUGUCAAUUUAGCUGUAUUUUAAGUUAAUUUGUUUAGCAUUGUUUUUAAGAGUUGAAUUAUAUUUCAGUAUGAAACAUGAUAGUGUAUAUGGAGGUAAUAUUUCAACAUUUAAUACAUAAAAAUAUAUUCACAUUUGUACUUGUAAUAUCUUUUCCCGUCUACAAAUCCAACGUGCAGAAUUGUUUGUUUCAAUAGAAUAUAUUUCCACAAAUGUGUUACAAAUGGAAGUAAUUAUAAGUGGGGUAAUGUGAAAUUAAUGAGAUUUAAAUUAGCAGACUUUAAAUAGUCUUUAAAAAAGCUAAGAUAGCAUUUUAAAAUUUUACACCAUCUCACUAUUUAGGUAACAACUAUUGCAGGAUUAGUUAACUUUUCACACCAAAUAAUUCUAGUACUGUUUUUGUUUUUUUGUUAAUGAGAAUGUAGUGCAAUUUCAUGUUAUAUUUAAGUGUCUCAAUCUAAAUACUAACAAAUUAUCUACCUCUCAUCAAUUAGGUUAUCAACUCUUUUUUUCCAUAGCUGCUGUAACAUUUUUGAAUCAGCAUGUGUUAAUUAGUAAUUUUUGCCCCAUCUAUAUAAACAUACAUUAUGUUUAAUCUCAUUCAAUCAUUUUGAAAGAAAAAAGUGGUCUCAUUGAUGCUAUGAAAACAUAACAUGGCCCAGUUUAAAACAAUGACUUAACAAGAUAUUUAUUUUGGGACAAUUUUCAUUUUGAAAUAAUCCCAUGGCCACAAUUUCUUAUUUUCCUUUUCAGAGUUGAUGUACUGGUAGGAAGAUUGUAUAAGAUUAUGACAACUAUAUCUACGUUAUUGAUUAGGUUUUUAAAAUUAGUAGUAUAUUAUUUCUUUCUUGGCUGAAUUUGGUUUUGUUUACCAUAAUCAGAGAUUCUUGUAUUCUGAAUUUAAGGGGAAAAUAUGAUUGUAUCAAUUUUUGGAUAGCACAAGUAUCCAUGUACUAUCUUUAUAAAGAUUAAAUAGAAUAUUUUAUAGGUACAUUGCUGCAUUAUGUGGUAAAUGUUUAGAAAGGACAACUAGUUCCAUUGGAAAGAAGCUAAUUGCUGUUUCCUAACAUUUUGAUAACUGAAAUGUAACAAAUAUCGUGAUUUGUCAUACAACAGUGUUCUUUUAAUAGUGCAUUACAAUUCAGUUCUGCACGUAUAACUUACAGGAUUAGGUUAACUGGGUUUACAAAGAAGCAUUUUACCAAAAGAACUUGCUGUAAAGUUAUCAACUCUGAAUUGGAUUUACAGAUAGCUGGAUAUGCUAUUGACUAGUUUAAGCACAAUGAAAGUACUUGUUCUAAUAAAUAAUUAAUUUUCUAAUAAACAGCAAAGUGGAAUAGAAAUCCAAUAUACUGUAAUGUAGUUGCUUUUUAAAUUCUACCAUGACAUAGCUUUUGUUUUGAUUUCCUUGUUGGGAGCUGUUAUACAUACUUUUUACCUAGAAAGAUUACAUCCUUUUGAAAUAAAAUGUAGUAAUGAUUAAAAUUGACAAUCCCAUGCAAAUAUUUAUAAUAUAUGCAUUUUAAAAGUUACUUCAUAUACUGAGAAUUUAAGAAGAAAUAUUUAAUUUAUAAUAUUUGGUUAUAAUGAGCAGCUUUAGGUUCAGUAGAAGUAACCUCUGAACAAGUUGGGAUAGGAACACCAGAUUGCAUCACUUUGUGGAAAGGUUUAAGGUUGUCCAAGAUCUUUCCGACGUAUCUUUAUGAUGGUACUGAUAUUUCAAACCAUGUUGCUUCAGUGAUAUAUAUAAAAAUGCAAUUCAAAUUUAAUAUGAACAAUGUAUCUUUGUAUUGCAGUCAAUAACAACUUCUGCAAUUUGAGCAUUGGAUACAAUUCUUUAGUAGGAAGUUAAAAUUAAAAAACUAUGUUUUACUUAAAAAAACCACCUGGAUUUUAUUUUAGCGUGUUUCUCACAGGGUCAACUUUUCUAUCUAGUAUUCCUGUGGCAUUGCCAUUCAUUGAUAAGGACUACAGAGGUGAGUUGCUCCCAGUUCAGCCGAACCGGUAGUGGAAUUCAGGCCUGGGUCACAGAACCCAGGACUGCCACGCCUCCGAAUGGGUUCCCUUGCCACUGCUGAGCCACUUUGAUUUUUAGUGACUACGCAUGCGCAAUUCACUGUAAAUUGUUCUGCACAUGCGCAAAGAACAAAUUACAUUGAACAGCGUACACCCACACAAUGUGCAUCUGGCACAUGCAUCAGUUGCAAACCAGUAGUAAAACAGGCAGCAACCCAUCCCCGACCACAAAAAUAAAGUUUAUUUCAAUUCCAUUUUUAAUUCCUUGUUUUGAUGUUUUUACUAUUAUGCAGAUAGAUCUUACAACGAAAGUCUAAUUUAGCUUUCAUUGUCUUAUGAAAUGGUUUAUACUACCACAUAAUCUUAUUUUGUUGUGACACGGACUCUGUCUGUGACUCAAACAUAUGAUACUUAUCUGUGAGUAAAAUGAGACACUCAUGCUUUAUUCUAGAUAGGAAAAAUGUGAAAAUAAAAGUUGCAUGUAAAAGGAGUAACUCUGCAAUCUGUGUGCCAUGAAAUCUUCAGUUUCUGAAUACAUUAUAUGCAUCCAAUCUUUCAGGAUAAGCAAAUGAUCAAGAACAGAUAAUAGAAGUAUUUAAUGGAUAUUAUGAACUGAUGCUACAUCUGUACGAACUGAUUAUUUUUGUUUUAGGCACUGGGACUUUACUGUAAAAUUAUAUAUUUGCAUCAUACACAACGGAUAACUGACUUUAGUUUUUAAAACUUUCUUCAAGUAUUUAGAAAUCUAUCACAUUACAAAAUGAAAUAAAUUCUUAAACCUCUCAUCUAAUUUAUAAGUUAUUAAGACUCACAAAAUUAACUUCUGGACAUACAAACAUAAUUGUCCAAUCAUGAGUUAACUGAACUGAAACAUAAUAGUAAAAAUUAGUUGAAAACAACUCUUUAUCAGUUCUAAAAGAAUAAGUGUAUAUUGAAUGAACAAAGAAUAUGCUUGUGAUCGAGAAAGUCUAUUAAUGUAUAUGCUUAUUUUAGCCUAACAAAAUAAAGUAUUAUUUUUAUGGUAUCUGAAAA